CCUUCAUCUUUUUUUAGUGAUUAGAAAUUAACUUGUAGCCAGCGUCUGCAGGAAGGAUUGUGUAAGUCACUGAAUACUGCAGACUAAUUGAAAAGGGGCAGCUUGUGCCCUGGAACAGAGGUGUGUUUGGAGUGGAGGGAAAUGUUAUUUGGGGAAUUUCGGCUCCUCCUAAUCUCAGAGUUAGCUUUUUGGCACAGUGUGUACUUACAUUGCCUCCUUUCUGGCUUCCCACAGCCCGCCCAGGACUUUGGGACCUUUUUCUCUGCAGUGAUUGAUGACAAGUCUUUUGCACGGAUAAAGAAAUGGAUCGAGCACGCCAAGAACUCGUCCAACCUCACCAUCCUGGCAGGAGGUGGCUGCGACGACAGCGUCGGGUACUUCGUCGAGCCCUGCAUCGUGGAGAGCAAAGACCCCCAGGAUCCCAUCAUGAAAGAGGAAAUUUUUGGCCCGGUCCUCACGGUUUACGUCUACCCGGAGCAGCGGUACAAGGAGGUGCUGGAGCUGAUCGACACCACAACGCCCUAUGGCCUCACGGGGGCGGUCUUCGCCCAGGAGAAGAGAAUCAUCGAGGAAGCCAGGGAGCUUCUGCGCAACGCCGCUGGCAACUUCUACAUCAAUGAUAAGUCGACGGGCGCCGUUGUGGCUCAGCAGCCCUUCGGAGGCUCCCGCAUCUCAGGCACCAAUGACAAACCCGGUGGCCCCCACUACAUCCUGCGCUGGACGUCGCCCCAGGCCAUCAAAGAAACACACGUGCCCCUGAGGGACUGGCGCUACGCCUACAUGCAGUGAUGCCUUCCCGGCCCCACACCGGUACUACUGAUCCUCAACGCACAGAGUGGCUUCGCAGCUACAACCUUAAAAAAGCACUUAAAGCUACUGAUCUUUAACCCGACCAGCUUCGGUUUUAUUUUUAAAGAAAAAAAUUCUAUUAUUAAAUUGCUAACUCAAAAAGUCCCUGUGGUCUUCUUAGUGU